AAUAAAGAUUUUAAGUAAAUGUUAUACAAUACUAAAUAAUAUGAUAAACGAACAAAAUGUACAUUGAUGAAUUGAUGAAAUACUUAUUAAUUUAAAAAAUACACCAAUCAGUGCUAUCCUUGGCAAGUUUGGAUAAAAAUAUUUGGUUUGUUUUAAAGAGAUUGCAUUAGAAAAAUAUAAAGCGCCGAAAGCCUAGGCGUAGGUGACCAGACUUCAGGAGGGCCCGGCCCACCACGUCGGAUUUUUAAUCAUCUGCAGGUGGGCUUCACGUGUUCCUGCCGCUUGUGGUCCGCGGCACUCCACGUAGGAACGGUUAGAAUCCGCAGUACGUGACACGUCAUGGCUCAACCAUAAAAAAAUCCCCAGCAAAGAGUGCGAGGCCCGCAAGGUAUCAUUUCCCAUAAUGAGGACGACUGGUGGCGCAAAAGGAGCGGUUCAGGGGUCGUAGAGAGAACUGACUGCAGGGAGGGGAGAGAGCGAGAAGUCGUUUUGAAGAAGCGACGACUAUGGGGGAGCCGGUAGGAUAUUUUAUCUUGUGCAGAGCACGAAAUGACAAUACUGCCCCUACCAUCGGGUGAAGUGUCCAAGAGGACCCCGUAAAUUUGCGGGAAAUCAGGGUUGUUCCCAUAAAGUCCUCCAAGUUGCACUCCUUUUUCCUUCCAUCUUCGCUGCUUGUGACGGGGCUGCGGCGAGAAUGAAGGGGUGCGAGCUUUGCAGGUUUCCGGCGAGAAUGUUCUGCGAGGCGGACCAGGCGAGCCUGUGCUGGGACUGCGACGAGAAGGUUCACCGUGCCAACUUCUUGGUGGCGAGGCACUCCAGGUGUCUGCUCUGCCAUGUGUGCCAAGCUCCGACGCCGUGGACCGCGGCCGGCGCGAAACUUGGCCCCACGAUCUCCGUGUGCGAGCGUUGUUCGACGAAGUGGAACGGAGGGCUGGAAAGUGGGGGAAGGAGUGAUGAGGGUAAUGAUGUUUAUAAUGAUGGUGGUGAGGAGGAGGAUGAGGACGAGGAUGACGAUGGUGAUGGUGAUGGUGGUGGUGAUGAUGAUGACGGUGAUGAUUGUGAUGAGGAAGAAGAGGAUGAGGACGGGGAGAAUCAGGUGGUUCCAUUGUCGAUUUCUACCACGCCGCCUCCCUCCGCGAGUUCUUCCAGUAGCGAAGAAGACUCUUCCUGCGGUUUCUCCCGCGCCGGUGGCGGCGGAGUUUCCUCAUUCAAGCGAAUACGCGAGAAUGCGCAUCUCGAUUCUGAUGACGACAUUGGCUGUUCCUCUAGUCUGCGCAACCACAACGCUACUUCAAUGGCGAUGGCUCACAAAGCAUCGAGCGACGAUGAAGCGACCUCGUUGAGCUCCCUCAGACCAUCCAAACAGCGAAGAAUCAAUGACCAGAGCCGAUCAGAGAACCAUCGCAAUCGCGAUGAAGCGGAGUCGACGCCGACGGCUAUCAUUAGCUCGCUGAAGAGAUUGCAGGAGAGAAGGAUCGCGGAUGAUGACGACGCCUCUGCGACGAUCGUCGGGAUCCGCACUCUGAGCAGGGAUCCCACAGCCGUCGAUCUCCUUCCCACCGACUCUACGGUUCAUGAUCGUACGGCUUGAGCUGUUGUUUCUUUUAUAUCCUUCUAAUCAAUUGAUUAAUGAAAUUAAAGCUUGUAAAAAAGGAAAGAUAGGGUUCGUUUUCAACAUUAUUUAAUGUUACCGUUUUUUAAUAUAUUCGAGUAUGAGCCGA